UUCCCAAAAAGUGAGUUGUCACAGGACAUUUCUAACGGUGUUACAUAAGACGUGCUCCAAGAAUGAGGUUCCGAUUAGACCUGCCUCCCAGACUCCUCCCGGGAUUAAGGCCCUGGGCAGCACUCACCAGGGAGCUAGCCUCUGCUUGCACACUCCCCAGACGGGGAGCUCACCCCCUACACAGCUGCCUUCUGCUACUCACCCACCUCCUCCCAAGGUGUCUUCUGCGGCCACCCCAGGAACAAGGCGCUGCUGGGCCUCCUCCUGGCCGCCGUGGCGGCUCUCGCCCGCUUCGGAGCCCACUUUGCCGUCCUCCAGCGUGUUUCUCCAGAGGGGUCCCCCUACCAGGCCCUGCACCGCUGGGCCUUCCUCACGGGGAUCAGCCUGGCCGGGCUCCUCGGCCUGGGGGCCGUGCUGAGCGCCGCGGCCGCCGUGCGGGAGGCCCGACGCCUCAUGGCCGCGGGCUUCCUGUGCUUCGCGCUGGCGUUCUGUGCCCUGGCCCAGGUGGCCUUCUGGAGACUGCGCAACCCCACCCAGGUGGAGGACACCGCGUUGGACACCUACGACCUGGCCUACGACCGGGCGGUGAGGAGCCCGCCUGGCGCCUGGCGACAGGAGCUGCAGGCCAUCCAGGACACGUUCCUGUGCUGCGGGAAGAGCUCGCCUUCCGGCCUGCUGGGCGGCGCGGAGGCCGACCUGUGUCUGGGAGCGGAGGGUGCCUCGCAGGACUGCCUGCAGGGCAUCCGGAGCUUCCUGAGGAUGCACGGACAGGUCAUCUCCAUCCUGGCCAGCGUGGGCCUCGCCUCCAUGGUGUACGCAAUGCUGCUCAGCUCCUUCCUGUGGUUUGCCAUCUGCUCCGGCCGCAGCCUGGACCGCAGAGGGACCUAUGCCCUGAGCCCCCGAGCCCGCGGCCAGCAGCCCCGGGAGCCCAGCUUCUUCAGACGCUUCGAGGGGGGCCUCGCCCCUGCCCUGCAUCAGCUCGACGACCUGGGCCCCAGCGGACGCUCGGGGAGCCCCUGGCUGCUCCAGGACCACUGACGCUCUGUGCCGACCCCCCGCCCACUACCUGUCUGGCCACGGGGGCACCCCUGUCUCGGCCCCGUGCCCUUCUGGAGAACAAGCCGGGUCCUCUUCAUGGUGCUGGGGUGGGGAAGGGGAGCCCGGCCAGAGACGCGGCCCCCUGUGUGCCGACGGGGCCAGGGUCCCCCAUGGACUCCCCAGAACAGGCUGGGAGCUGGGCCGGAGCAGGGGAGCCUGGCGGGCUCUGCGGGGAGGCACAGGCCCCACGGGGCCGGCCAGGGCCAAGGCUCCCCUCUCGCUUGCCCCCGCGCCCCCCUGCCACCGCCACCACCUCCAAGGCAGCGAUGGUGUGGGGAGUCCUGUGCAGGGAACUUCUCCGGCUUCCCUUCUCCACGGGCUGGAGGGGGUGCUCGACCCUCGAGGGCUCAAUCUUGCGGCCAGUCGAGGCCGCCCAGGGGACCCCCCCAUCUGGAGGCGACAUCUCAUCGCACGUCCAGGGGGUGCCCUGUGCACCAGCCCCACCGGGUAGCCACAGCACCUGUCUGGGGAAUCGAGACCGUCCCCGGUGGGGUCGGGGCUGCGUCCUGCGAUCAGACCUCACAGCCCCGAGGCGGACGGCAGUGCGCCUUGCCUGGCGAGGCCACGGCCCAGCACAGCUGGCGAAGGGGAGAGGGUGGCGGGGCCCGCGCAGCUCCACAGACGGGCACCAAGGCCAACCAAGGGGGACCUCCCUCCGGGAUGUGCAGCCAAGGAAGGGACAGGCACCCACGAGGUCCCCCCGCUGUGUCCCUGCCCCCACAUCCCCCACACGUGCACCCCCAGAGCACAGGUGCGCCCACCUGCACCGCACGCGGCUGUCCUCCCGCCGCGGCCCUUGUCCCUGAAGGGAGGCCCCCAGCGUCUCUCGGGCCCUGCGUUCCGUGACAGUCGGCUGCAUUCCGGCCCCCGCCCUGCGGGUCUGUCCUCGUCAUCUCCCUGUCCUCCUCCCUGUCCUGUGCCCCACGAGAUAAGUUGUGACCAGAUGCCAGCACGGCAGGGGCGGGGGGGGGGGGGGGAGAAGCAAAGUGAGUGCAAGUCUGGGAGACGGAGAGGCCGAGCAGGAGGAGAAAUUCUGCCGGAAGCCACAGACUACUCCUCCGGCCGCUGGCCCGAGACUGGUGCCCGCGGGGAGCCACCU